CGUUGGGCUCGAGUAUGGUUUCUUCAUUGAUCCGGAAAUCAAUGAAAACGAAAAAAUGUAGUAGGAGGUAUGUAAACGCUUCAACGACCACGACAACAGUUAAAACACUCUGGUCGGACACGGACCUUGAGACUCGAUAGGAGAUAGAUCUCGCAAGCAUAUCAACUCGUACUCAUACAUAAGUACUCUAUUUUUGGGCAUUGACUUCUACUAUUAAUUUGCUGUUGCAACCGACAACGUUUAUUUUUUGUACCGAAGCUUGUUACUCUUGCGCCGGUACUUACGGAAAUUCACUAAUUGCCCGGCCCCACAAGCCAGCAAGCAUACUUUAUCGCAUUUUUUUGUGAGUACUCACUUUCGUCUGGGUCUGAUCGUUAAUUCAGAUCUUCCACGAUCCAUAUUUAUUGCAAAGGAAAAGGAUGGCGUCCCGCUCCCAUGUGAAAAGCAGCGCGUCCUCGCGCUUGGUCCCUUUGGCUCAGAUGAAGAGUUUUAUCGUCCUACUCGCCGUCGGCGCGACCCAGCUGCGGGUCAUCGACUGCGUCACCUCCCCCUCCCGCCGCCGUGCAGACGCAGCCGAUGUUGACCUGGAGCCGACACCGAUCGGAAGGCGGAACUUGCAGCAGCCACCGUCGCAGGCUGGUGAGGCACGAGACCAACAUGAAGAUGGAGUUGAUGCACCAGGUGCAUCCGAGCCGUACACGGUUGAAAACUGCGGAUGCGUCGUGUGUUGGGGCGGCAUGCCCGUGAACGUCCGUUGCCACCCGUGCAUGCACGAUGCAAUGUGCGAAGCUUGCGCCCUGGAAUGGUUCCGCUUAGGGAACACUUGUCCAGUGUGCCAAGAGGAGGUGCGGAAGCUGCGCCGGCUAAGCCGGAAGCCUUCCGCGGGGAGUGCUGUGGGAGAUAAGAAGUCGUCCUCGCGGCCGUCGCGAUCUCUGUGGAAAAAAGGGAGAGCGACAGACGAUGUGUUCACUUCCGCCCCGGGGGAGGACUUUUUCGAGCUUGGAAGCACUCCGCCAGAGCAAGCGGGGCGCGCCAAGGCCCAAACCAAGGCCCGCGACGCAGCUCGUCGUCGGAACUUCGGAUUGAAUCCUGAGAACCUGCGCCGCGCGCGCCGGAAGCUCCAGCGGGUGCCAAAGGUGCUGCGGCGCGUGUCCAAUGCCGCGAAAGAGUUGGUGCCCACGGCGGCGUGCUGCGUGGCGAGCGGAGCAGCCAUCGGGGGACUCGCAAACGGGUUACUGCACUACGCGUGCGGCUGGGAGCGCGAUGCAUACAACCAAGACGACCGUCGUGCGGUGGAGCUGCUAGUAUCGCAAGACUUGUCGGCAGGGAGUUGGGUGGAGUUACCGCUGGAGUCGGAGGAGGUCGCGAAGUACUACGCGAAAGACGGGGGGCCGUUGCAGCGCUGUCCUGACGCGAGUGGCGUUGCCUACUUCGACCACCUGGGGCGCGCGCUUACGACCGGACCCUUUACGCCAGACUUUUCGCGGCCGGGGGAGCACCUCGGGGACUUUUCGCGGCCGGAGGAUUUCUUCGGGCGCCUCCGGCGCCAAGAGCAGGCCUUGGCGAACGCGCAGCCGUCCGGGUCCGCGAAUCGUGAGCGGGCGAAACGGCUGGUAGAAAUGGGGGCCUGGCUCGAAGAUGGAGGUGGCCCGCCACGGGAGCAAGCGGAGAACUGUCACAGGCAGCGGGAGUGGGAGCGGAUGGGCUCCACCCUCAGCCGCGGCGCCGCAGUGGGCGCUGCCCUGGGCGCAACGGCCGCGGGACCACUUCUCUACUGCUAUCGGUGAUUCUGACGACCACCUUGUUGUGGCUUUUUACCGACGUUGAUUGGCGUGAGAAGUGAAGAACUAUUUUCUUAAUGGUGCGGACUCCGGGGCAAAGUAUACAGGGAGGUUGGUUUACUGAACCCAUCUUGGUAAAGGCACAGUCUACAGCUCGGGGUCGGGAUUUGUUGACACACGGGCAGCGUAAGCUACUGUCCUUCGGUGUGCUAGUAUAGUAGUUCUACGCUCUUCUAAAGCCGCUCGCGGCUACCUCUCUGCUUUGUUUCUUUUUUUUUCCGGUGAGCGUGACGCACGUCGGCUUUUGCGCCUUAUUGGUGCAGAAUUGUGGAGCACACGGAGCUCGAAGAUCGAUCGAUUUAUUGAGGUUGUACCUUUAAUUCUUGAUCUUGAUAAGAAUUCUUGAACUCCGGCGGUUCGAGAGUCAGUUAGACUCUUGGUAGCGCUGUGGUUCUUGGAUCCGGUUUGACGUCAGGUUGAGCACGUAAGGCGGGUUGUUCAGCACUGGCGGCUCUUUGGAGGUUGAUCCGCUCACACGGAUGAGGUGGUAGUGUGAUGCUUAUCUGAAGCGCAGCAGCAGUGAGUUUUCGGAUUCAUUCAUACUGUGCGACUCCCUACGCUUGGUCGUUCACCGCUAAAACGGGUGGUGUUUGGUCUUGUUGUAGUGCCUAAGCUCCCUCAAGCUUUCGCAAAGGACUUACUCUCAGGAUUUAUUAGCUGUAUAUGUCAGGCAGUUACUCGCAGGCCAUAAGAGGCGAGCAAAGGGUUGAUCUUGAUAAGAAAGCACUUUCCAACUUUAUUGAUCUAUUUUUCCGAUUCUGUUUUGAAAAUGUGCGACGUUCUCCUUUUUGGGAAAAAGCAUGCUCUUUCAUCGCUAUUAAAUCAUGUACGACGAUGCUGUUUUGAAAAUGUGCGACGUUCUACUUUUUGGGAAAAAGCAUGCGCUUUCAUCGGUAUGAAAUCAUGUACGAUGAGCAUGAUCAAAAUCAUCCCGCACUUAUACAUUAUAUGAAGCCGGUACUUCUUAUUCCGGAAAAUAAAAUGCGGAAUUUUGGACGAGAAAAAGCAAGCAGAUGAUGGUCGUUUGAAGAGAAUUCUUCUGUGUAUGAUUACUUCAUUGGAUGAA